ACUACUUGCAGCCGAUAAAAAAUUAAAAAAAUACAUAGAACUCUGAGAGUUGCGGGCUGGGCUUGAAGGAGUACGUGGCAUAGACGCUUUUCUAAAAGCGCUUUAUAAUAUUUUAAGAUUAAGAUAAGAUGGACUCGGGCCCGUAGAAAAAACGAGCAUUUCCAAAAUUGCGCUAAACUUAGAAUGGGCUUUUCGGCAACUGAAGAAAUCCACUGAGGCCCGCAGAAAAGGGUAUUUCUGUAAUUAUAAUGAAACUAAAACCCGCGGGAGAUUCAGAUUAGCGGCUGAUCGAGCCUGCAUUUUCCCGCCAUUACUCGCUCCCCUCAACCUUCUCCCCCUACUGAAACCCUAGUCAGAGCAAAAUCGAAGCGAAGAAGGAAACCAGUCAUGGAAGGCGAAAUCAAAGCCGAAUUCGAGAAGAACGGUUUCAUCCUUGAUAACGAAGAGGAAAUCCUCAACAAAUGUCUCACUUUCUGCAUAAACUACAAGCUUACGCCUUCGGAUCUCGUUUCCAGCUGGGACGUUUACUCUCUCAAUCGAAAGCUGAAAGAUCUAGUUGUUCAGAAUGUGGAAAUGGAAGGUUUCCUAUCGCACUUACAAAACGAGCAGAAAGAAGCGGUGGUUAAACAAGAAGCCGACCUUCAUUUCUACUCUAGCAAAGAUGUUGACAUGAUUUUGAAUGAUGACGAGGAAAACUUUAAGGAUGCAAUUCUGAGCACUCCUCCAGUUAAAAAUGCAAAACCAUACUCCGAUCCAUUUGAUUCAGCACUCUACUCGAACGGGAACAGUUAUUCUUCUGAGAAGCCAUCAAGGCUUGUGACUCCAUUCGGGCGAAGAACCGAUAAGUUUGUUGCGAGAUUCAACUUCAACAAUCUGCCUGAUACCGAGAAUGGUGACGAAAAGGAUGCUGGUAUGGACUCUGAGGAUGAUGUGAUCAAGAGGGUUAAACCUUUGAAGAGGUUUUCUUUGGCUGUCAAUGGAGAUGGGCCUGAGCCAGGUUGCAGAUUCAUGUAUGACAGGAUUGAAGACCGGUUUAAUGCACUUGACAACCGCAUCAGAAGGCGUGCUGCUUCACUUUUUUCAUCUGGCAUUUAUGAGGAACCAUCAGAUCCUUCGGUUGCUUCGGGGAGAAGUAUAUUUGCUGUUGGAAUGAUUUGUUGUGAAGAGGAAGGUCGACUAAAUGACAAGUCCAUUAUGCUGCAAAGCAGCAUCGAGCAUUCAGGAGGACAGCGUGUGCGUCUAGAUCUGCAAAAAGUGAACCAGUUCUCUGUUUUUCCAGGACAGAUUGUAGGUGUUGAAGGUAACAAUCCAAGUGGAUAUUGUUUGAUCGCAUCGAAGCUGGUAGAUUCUGUUCCUUUAUCAGCAAACAAUGUUGAAGAUUUGCAUCCUGCGAAAAGACCAGCCUUGGACCAAGACAUUCAGUUGGUUGACUCAUCCAGUCCAGAAAAAGAGAUAUCAGUGCUUAUUGCCUCAGGACCGUUUACCACAACUGACAACUUAUAUUUUGAACCUCUCUCGGAGCUACUAGCUUAUGCAAGAAAAAAGCAACCACAGCUGCUUAUAUUGUUGGGACCAUUUGUUGACUCUGAACAUCCAGAGGUUAAGAAAGGAACUGCGGACAGAAUCUUUGAUGAAAUUUUUCAUAUUGAAAUCAUCAGAAGGGUGCAAGAUUAUGUUGAAUACAUGGGUUCCAAUGCAAGAGUGAUUCUUGUACCUUCUACACGUGAUGCUAACCAUGACUUUGUUUUCCCUCAGCCUGCAUUCGACAUUCAUCCUCCCGAGCUCAAACAUCAGAUCAAGAGUCUCCCAAACCCAGGCAUUUUCGAAGCUAAUCAGGUCAGAGUAGGUUGUUGUACGGUAGAUAUUCUUAAACAGCUUAGUGGAGAGGAGCUAUCUCGGAAUCCCAAAGAUGGAUCUCCACCAAGCGACCGGAUGAGCAGACUUGCAAGCCAUAUCCUAAAUCAGCAAAGCUUUUAUCCACUCUAUCCGCCGGCAGAAGAUGUCCCUCUCGACUUCUCACUUUCUCCAAAAGCUCUCCACAUUGCUUCUCCUCCACCUGAUAUUCUUAUAUUACCUUCAGACAUGAAGUACUUCAUAAAGGUAUUAACGCUCGGAGGAACAACUGAAGGGGAAGAGCAGAGGAAGUGCAUCUGUAUAAACCCAGGAAGACUGGCAAAGGGUGAAGGAGGUGGCACAUUUGCAGAACUCGAUUACGGCGGCAGCCCUGAUAGAAUGAAUGCCUCUAUCUGGAGCAUAUAGAAGUGUUCCCAAAUCCCAUGUAACACAUACUAUCGCAACUCUGUUCCCGAAUGUCGUCUUGCAUUGCAUACUAGAUGGUUAUGGUUGCAGAGUCUGGUCUAGAUUCUGCAGAUCAUCAGCAAGUCUAUGUGAGCUGCUGAAUAUGUACUAAAUCACCAUCCCACAUUCCUCCUAUCCUUGGGGAAACUGUGCUCCAUACGAAGAGAAACAAAGUUGGUGGAAAGGG